AUGAGUUUGGAUACUCUGUUUCAACAAAUUCUACUAACUGAACAGCAAAUAUCGGAGAAAACGCGACAAUCUCAAGAGGUCAAGGCUGCUAUUGCAAGAUGUGAAGACAGGGUCAAGUCAUUGACAGCAAAAUCAGAAUGUCUCUCCAAGGAACUUGAUGAACAGGCUCAGCAUCUAUCAGAAACAAAGCUGCAGUAUGACCUAAUGAAAAAGCAUCAAGUUCAAGUUGAAAAGCAGGCAGGGGAGCUUCUGAGACAGCAGAGGGAUCUCAGGAAACACUUGGAGAAAAUAAAGAAGUCGUCGAAGGAGGAACAGGAGAAUUUCAUGAAAGAAAUCAUGACUUUCAACAGCGACUUUAGCCUUUUGAAUAACAGGGAGACUGUGUUUGAGAGCCAAACCCAAUCUGAGAUACGUAACUUGGGGGAGGAGGUUAGCUCUUUAAACAAAGAGAUGGAUUCCAUGGGCCGGACAAAUACUCAGAUGAAGUCUAUGCAAGAAGAAAAGAGAGGUCUCCAUUUGGAGCUACAAGGACUGGAACAUAUUAUGAAAGACCUGGAGAGCCAGCUGAGUGAGGCUAAAUCAAUGACCGAGUCCUUAAGUGCAGAGAGUCUGAUGGUCACCCAGAAGCCCCUCACAGACAGCACUUGCUUAAGACUUAAAAAGGAGCUGGAGAUGCACAAAGAAGGAGAGCUGGAGCUGCUGAGAGAAGCCCUUAGCUCUGAAAUCCUGUUCCUGCAAUCGAAACUGUCUCAGAAGACUCCCCAAUACUCAAGGAAAUUCACAUAGUGUCCAAAUUCCAGAGGUAUGUUAGAGGUUAGGAGAGAGAUUGAUUAUACCAGCAGUCUUAAAAACAUUGUGUAUUUUACUAAAUACUUAUUUUGUGUUACUUUACUGUCAGCUCAUUGAAGGUCUUGGCUUUACCCACCGAACAUAUCGUUACCAAAACAUGAUAAGAUUUUAGCCAUAGAACCAGGGUGUUGAGACGGGAUGAUAUGGUUAUAGUGAUCAAGAGAACAAGAGCAAAUCCCAUGCAUUUGUUUAAAACGUCUAUUACAGUUUUUUACAAUCGCUUACACACUAUAAGUGGUACGUGAGGCAUACUCAGUGAAACCAUUACCUCAUGUACCUAAUCUUCAGACCAAGUCUGCAAAACUGCAAGCAUAUUAUCUGCUUUAUACUCAGUUUGCAAUUGUAAAACUAAACACAGUUCUCUACAUUAGACACAUCAUUCAAAACUAACAGGUCUUGUGUUUCGUUUGGAAAACACUGCCAUUCCAAAUACCACACUCAUUUACCGAUGACCUACACCCAGUGCUCACAUGUGAAAACA